AUGGCGCCGGGUCAAGGCCAGAAAGGGAACCCGAACGACCCUCGGUCGGACGCAUCAAAGAAGAAGGACCUCAUCGCGCGUGGUGACUACACACCUACACCACUAGGCAAAGCGACGUUCUUCAUCCUGCGCGGCAUCGAGCCUGUCCUCCAAUAUUCAAUCCUCGCACAUGGCCUAGGCACCUCCGUCCUGCAUCGUGUAGGUUUGCGAACAUUGCCUCCUGGGCUUCCAACGCAUACCGGCAUCUCUCUGAUCGAUGGCUUGGGCUUGUCACCCUACCGAUUGGUGUUGCUUGGAAUGGCGGUUGGCGCUGCUGUGAAGCAGAACAUCUGGGUGACAGCACUCUCUGGAGAACCCAUGCCAGUUACAGGUGCCAUCGCCGUAGGUGUCUUUAAUGCUGUAUUCAACAGUCUGAGCACAUACGCUUUCCUUACCACUGCUACUUCUGCCUCGACCGAAGCCGACUUCCCGCAACCAGCGCUCCUCAUUGGCGGCUCGCUAUACGUCGUGGGUAUUAUGACUGAGUUAAUUGCCGAAGUACAGCGCAAGCGUUUCAAGGCGAACCCAGACAACAAGGGCAAGGCGUACACUGGAGGUCUCUGGAGCUUCGCCCGCCACAUUAACUACGGCGGCUACACAAUCUGGAGGGCGGGUUACGCCAUGGUCGGUGGCGGCUACACGCUGGGUGCGCUGGUGGGAGCCUUCUUUGCCUGGGACUUUACCCAGCGAGCGAUUCCAAUUCUUAGUGAAUAUUGCGAGAAGCGCUACGGAGCGCAGUGGGAGGAGUUCAAGCAGAAGACCCCGUAUCAGCUGAUCCCUUACAUCUACUAG